ACAGGAUGGGCGACGUCGACGACCGCGACCUCCUCCGCCGUGAACCCGGCCGAGUCCGAGGCGAUGCAGUGUCUGGAGGAGGGCACGCAGAAGCUCGAGGAGGGCGACGUGCAAGCGGCGAAGGAGCUGUACCGGCGCAGCGUGGACAUCAAGAAGACGCCUAGUGGGCUAUUCAACCUCGGCGUGACCCACUACCACCUCAAGGAGUUUGACGACGCCAUCUCGGUGUGGAAGGAGUCCAUCGCGCUCCAGCCGUCGAGCCCGGACGCGCACACCAACAUCGCCAGCGCAUACAUCGUCUCGCCCGUGAGCCGGCCCGACCUCGCCCUGCACCACCUCCGCGUCGCGUCGAGCCUCGCGCCCGGGGACGGCGAGAUCGCGUUCAACCUCGCGGCGGUGCUCGAGGCGUGCGGCCUCCUCGAGGAGUCGCUCGAGUGCUACAACAAGAGCAAGGAGUCCGGCGUCGAGCGCGCGGCGAUGCACGCGCGGAACGUGAGCGCGAAGAUCCUCGGGAAGAAGAUGAAGGAGCUGGCCGAGGCGGAGGGCAAGGGCGACCGCCGGUGUAGAGGCUGCGCACCGCGCUCCAAAAGCGCCCGACGCAGACGACAUUGCAUAGAGCUUCGGCGCAUGUACUUUACCCUCACCUGCUAA